AGCAAAAUUUUUAGUAUUAGAAAAUAGCAAAUAAAAAUUAAGUCUGAGAUCACAAGCCAUCAUCAACAGCAGCACCUACUUGAUUAUUAAUAUAAUUAAAUAACAAAUAUUAAUAUUUUAUUGAACUAAAGCUAGGCAACUACCAAAUAUAAGCCGUUAGAGUAUAUUCAUACAUUUCGAUUCUUUUAAGAAUCCGUCUAUUUAAUUUAAUGGAAAGAUAAAAGAAAAAAUAAGAAAAAGUAAAUGCUGUGACAUAUUAAAUUGAAAUGCAAAUUUUUUAAAAUAAAAUGCAAGAGAUACCAGAAUGUCUAAGCCGACGCUAUAAAGCGCUGGAUGAACUCGUGAGAGAGUUAGGUACUUCUGAAUCGAGGCCUAAUGCCGACUGCUCAACUGGUGACCCCAGCAUCAGGUUGCUAUGCGACUUUUGGGACAUACUUAAAGAAGAUCCUGAUGUUAAUCUAUCACAAGCUGUGCAACAACGUAUGUGUGCCAAUCCAGGGAGAUGUACUUUAUUUGGGACGCAUAAUGUCAGUUGUUACAUGGCAGGAUGUUGUAAAAAGAACGAUGAUAAAAAACAAGAUAAUAUAAAUAAAUCUAAAAGUACACGUAAGCCAAGCAAAGAAAGUUCAGAAAAGAAUGUCAGCUGUGAAACACAAUCUAUGGCACCAAAUAAUAGGGUUGAUGAAUUACCUCUGAAUAAAGUUCUUUGUGACUUGAAACAGGCUGCUUCAUUUGAAAAAAAGUGUCAAAAUAAAGUAAACGAUUUGUUAGAAACGCAAGCACGGUUGCAAGAACAAAUUCAAGUUUUAGAACAGAGAGAGAAAGACGGUAUCCAGUUGUUAAAACAAGCUGAUUGUAUGUGGUCUUGUAUGGAAGAAACUUAUAAGAAGAAAAUAGGAGAGUCUUUAGAGAGACAGAAGGACUUAUUAAAGCAGCUCCGAGAAGUAGAGGCAAGUAAUAUGAAAUGGCGGAAAAACAAAAAGGAUUUAGAAUUUGAAAUAGACCAUGUUAAUAAAUGUCAACAUGAAAUAACAGAGAAGAUAAACCAGAAAACUAACGAUAUCAAAUGUAUUGAUAUGGAAAUCGAGGAUUUUAAAAAACGUAUAGAAAAUAAUAAAAAAGAUUUAGAUGUAGCGAAAAAUUCAUUUGGUACAAAAAAGCAAGCUUCGGCUGCAAGAACCAUUAAUAUACAAGCCGAAGUAACAAGGUUAGAGAAGGUUUUGAAAGAGGAACAACAGCAUAAAAAGUCAAAGGAAGAAGAAGCUGAUAAGUAUGUAAAAGAAGCGAGACAAGACUUGCAAAAGUUGUGUAAAGUAUUGUUACAAAAGAAACUUGAAAGUGAAGAUAUGAAAGCAGAGAAAGAAGCUCUGCUGUUAGAAAUUGAUUUAUUGCGACAGAAUAGUGAUCAAUGUAAAGACAAAUGCAAAAAUAAACAAGAAUCGAUUAACGAAGAAAUAAAGAAAAUAGAUAAAGAGAUUGCUGAAUUUAAAGUUAAAUGUAUAAGAUGUCAUGAAUGCACAGACACGUUGGAUAUCAGGAGAUUUUGUACGGAUUGUCCAAGAUGUGUUAAUGAUAGAGAUUGUUUGUAUGUAGGCGAUCAUUGCUGUCCAGAUAAUAAUCUGGAUUGUGUUUGCACAACCGUGAAACAUAAACUUUUGGAUAAUGUUUUCGACAAUAUGUAUACGGUUUUGGAAAGGCAAGUAAAAUCAGGAGCGGGAAAAGCAGUAGCUGAUGUGGUUUUAAAUUGCUUAAAGAAAAGUAGAAAUGGAAAGUUAAAUGCGGAGACGAGAAAGAUUCUACAGGAUUUUAUAUUGACAACGAUUAAGAAGAACUUGAAUCUGACUAUCGUGGGUGGUGCUGUUAAAACAAGAUGCGAGAUGGACCGUAAUACUUACAAACAACUAAUGCUAUGUCUUAAACAAGUUAAAGUGACGAAACCAGCAAAAGUUGAUCGAGGAACUGAAUCUAAAAAGGAUCCAUGUAGACGUUGGGGUGGUGCUAGUGAGUGUAAUUGUCCAAAGGGGCCGAAAGAUUGUAUUUGUACCAAAAAAGCGCUACCGCCACCAAACGAACCUGCGGCGUGCCCACCAAAAACAGAAGAUGAAGAAGAUGCGGGCCAAGUCGUUUUAUGUCCUUAUAAGGAAUCCGCAGCAUGUGGUCCAGACUGUGCAAUGCAUGAACUACCCGACGCUGUUGGUAGCGAAGUGGCAUCUUGGCGGCCUAAUCCUUGUCAAGGACCGACUUGUCAGUUUAAAAAUAUGCGUGCAGCUCAAUGUGUUCUUGGCCAGGAUGGUCUGUCUACAUUUUCAAGUCCAAAAAUAUUAAGGAACGAGGAUCCAUCUAAAAGUGGCCAUUCAUCAACAGACCCUCAUGUGUCCUAUAAAGAUUUAAGAUGUCAUCCUCGUGAUCGUAUUAUUGAAGAAGUUUUGGGUAGAUAUACAGAAGUAGCACCAAUAGAGAAAGUGAGUUAUACAAUGAUUAGUAGUGAUUCCAUUGAUAUCAAGAGUCAAAAUUAUACCAAACAAUUGAAAGCAGUAAAAAACAAAAUAAACGAUAAAGAUAACGGCAAAAUGGUUGUUGAGUCUGUGGGUAAAGGUCCACAAUUAAAGGCUAUGCCUAACGAUGAAGAAGACCUAACUGAUAAUAAUCCAAUUAUGCUUAAAUCCUUUUCUGGAGAUAUUUUAAAAAUAGCUUUACAUAAAACAAUGGUAGACGAGAUAAAUAAAAACAUACAAGAAGGUACUAAUGUCUUUGUAACUUUAAAAACUGAGUUUGGUCAACCAGUGUUUAGCUUACAGUCAGAUGCUACAAUAGCGAAUGAUCAAAAUAUAUUUUUACCAAAAAAAUCAAAGUCCGGUAACAUUACUCUUGAAGCGCAUAAGUCAAUCCGCAAAAGAUCAUUUGAUGAUGUAUAUAGUAAAGAAUCACUGAAUAAGUUACACGAAGAAUUAAAAAAUAAUGAAAUUGAAAAAGUAACGAAAGAUGAUUCUAGCUAUCCUAAUAAAAGUAGCUUAAAGAAAUAUCAUGUUAAUAAUAUCAAAGAACAUAAAAAAGACUAUAAUAGUAACGGAACCAAAAUUGAUGAAAUACAUGAAGUAAAAUUUAAAGGAGUUAACAACUGCAAAGAUAAGGAAAUAAUUUUUGCAAUAAAAGAAACUUCAUCGGACAACUUCAAAAUAGUUUUGGAUAAAGAGUUUGAAAUAUAUCAAAAACAAGCUAUCAAAGAAUACGAAGGAGAUAAUAGUGUUCAGUUCGCUGAAUUCCUGAAAACCAACUCUGGGCAUUGCAUUAUAAAUUUUAGAGAAAAUAGUGACGAUGACAAAAAUAAGGCUUUGUUAAUUAAGACUGAAUCUGGAAACAUUAAAGUAUUAGUCGGCAAAUCCAAAACUGACAAUUUGGUGAAUAAAAAAGAUUCGAUGUCUAAUUGUAUAAUGUCAGCUAAUGAUUUAGAUAAACUCUUAAACAUAUCCCAAUCAAUAUCAAAGAAAUGUAGUACCCAACAUUCGAAACUACCCAAAUUACCAGUUAUAAUAAAGUCUUUCAGUGACUCAAAUUUGUAUAAAAAAGAGAAAUCCGAUUUUCCAGACCAAAAUAAACAGAUUUCUCAUAAGGACUUUUCAGGUGGUAUAAACUUGGAGUGCAAAGCGAAUGCAACAUCUUGUGGUGGUCAGUGUCAAGACAACUUAUGUGAUAAAAGUAAAUGUGUUUGUAAAAAUAUAUGUUACAAGUCAAAGCAGUGGCGGUGGGAAACUUCUAACCACAAAAACAUUAAUAAUCAGUAUGAUAUUAGCUCUGUAAAAUUGAAAGAAAAUUCUUCUAACAGCUUGAAACCAAGUAAGUUAAUGGGCGAAAAAUCGGAAUUAAGCGAUGCAGAAUUAAAAUUUCUUAAAAAACCACUUGAGCCUCCCAACAAUAUCCGAAAUAAGGAACAGCCAGGAACUGAGUCUUGCGGCUGUAGUUUUACCAUGGAGAAGAUGACUAAAGAAAACUAUAAUAACGCUAUUGAUGAUACCUGUUCCUAUACUCGUAAUAAAUAUAUGUCUACAUCGAAUGAACGUUUAGAUACUGAUAACUAUAUUAAAGCAUGUAAUAAAAACAAAAGACAAGAGUUUAAAAAAAUAUGUAAUGAGACUGAACAUUCCUGGGACACUUUAGAGUAUUUCCCUCCGCAGUUGCCACCUUUUUUAAGAGAUUUUAAUUUUCCUUAGAAAUAUAUUAUACUUUGUUUUGAAUUGUGAUCAUUACGA